AGCGAGACGCGCUCCCAGCUCUGACCACUCUUCCUGUGGCUGUUCUGGGAUGUGCUUUUGUUUUCUACAUCCCUUUCUCCCAUUCUUCAAUUUGGACUUACUUUAUUUAGUGUCUGUUUUGAACCCUAACUUGCUGCCAUAAUGACAGACAAGCUUCCUGCCAACCUCCUGGCACUGUUCGCACCUCGGCCGCCACUCAAAUAUUUAAAGCCUAUAGAUCGCGCGCCAGAAGACGUUCGACAGAGUGAUCUCACUGGAGUCGCCCAGUUUGUCGGCGAACUACAGAACUAUGCCGAAGAGGUGCCGUACAAUGCAACAGAAAGCUGGCUUCAGCGCAAAGCGAGACAGAAGCAAGAGAAGAAAGAAGAACUGGACAAAUAUCUCACAGAGGGGCUGAAAACUUAUGAUCCCAGUUCCGACCCGCAAGUUAGAGGCGACCCCUUCAAGACCCUGUUUGUCUCGCGUCUUAGCUACGACGUGAAAGAAGCAGACUUGGAGAGAGAGUUUGGGCGGUUCGGCCCGAUCGAAAGGAUUCGAAUCGUCACUGAUCCAUCAAAUACGAAUCCAAAAAAGAAACAUAGAGGCUAUGCAUUCAUUGUCUACGAGCGUGAAUUGGAUAUGAAGGCGGCAUACAAAGAAACAGAUGGUAUUCGCAUAAAGGACCGGCGCGUUUUAGUGGAUGUUGAACGAGGUCGUACUGUUAAAGGCUGGAAACCGAGACGAUUCGGAGGCGGUCUAGGAGGACGAGGAUAUACAAAAGCAAUGCCUUCGCGACCAAUGGGACCUGGCGGAUUUGCACCUUCUGGCCCCGGUGGGUUCCAAGGUGGUGGUUUCCGUGGUGGUUUCGGAGGUAGAGGUGGAUUCCGAGGUGGAUUCAGGGGUGAUCGUGGAUAUGGUGGACGUGGGGGUAUUGGGUAUCAAGGUGGAAGAAGCGGAUUUGGAGGUCCUCCUAACGGAAUAAGCGCUGGUCAGCCUCCACCCAACGCUCCCUCGGGCCCUGGCGGCGCUCGUGCUGGUGGUCCCGAUGAUAGACGUGGGGGAUACGACGAUAGGUCGUAUAGAGGCGGCUCCAGAUAUGACCGAUCUGGCGGUGUCACAGGAAGCAACCGUGAACCGGUAAGACCCAGGGAUGCAUAUGAUCGAGAUAGAGACAGCCACAGGGACCGCGAUAGAGAUCGAGAUCGAGAUAGGCGUGACCGUGACAGGGAUCGAGGUCGCGAUCGGGACCGAGACAGGGAUAGGUAUAGCCGCCGUGACGAUGAUUACUCCAGGAAGAGAUACCACGACGGUGACGAUUAUGAUGACCCGCGCAGCAAACGGAGAUACUAAGAUACUGAGUUCUCAACUUCAACACGGGUUUGUUGGUUUCCUUCGUUCGACUUCUACUCUCCCAGGUACCUCUCAGGGUAAGACCAACGAUGUUCACGGCUCAUCAUUCCGUCAUGGCCCAUGCCGAAAGGGGGAUAUCCAUUGAAAGUCCUUCUAAAGCGUUCUGUCAUUAACAUCCAUUGGUGAUCCGACUCGCAUAAUCCGUUUCACUUUUCGGGCCCCCUUUGCCCAAAUGGAUUAUCGGCUGUCUAUUUCUUGGUCGACGGCGAAACAUCUGUGGCUUUCCAGCUUGCCUUGCUUAUGCUUCUCUCUAUUUGCCAUUCGAAUAUUUGUUUUCUUAUUUUAGUUUGUAUGGGGGUAAGUAUGUAUAUUAUGAUGAGUUGGAAAGAACGGGCGAAUAGGUUUCUUUUUUGUCGGAGUCCUAGGUAAGAUCAAGGUAAGGCUGUUUGGCAUUUCCCAAACAUUCUUCGGUUUGAUCCCCUGUGAUCCCGCGCAAAAAAAUCUCGUAGUCAUUUUAUAUCCCAGACUCUUCGCUAAGACUUUUCUGUAAGGUAUCUCUUUAUGUACUUCGUAGUUUGUAACGCAACACAAGGACCCACUGCAACCUGUCCUGAAUACAAAUCAAUCCCAUCCGAACAAAGGGCGCCGGGAACUCCUUAAACCAAAACUCCAAUCGAGAUGCGACGAACCGAGACAAUAUCCCCGCUGAUCACCCUGAUUUUUGCUUUUUAAUGGUCAACUUCCAUGCCUUCAUCCUUCUGCAAGACCUCCACUUCUCCCGUCUCCUUAGUCCAAUGGGCUCUCAUCUCAACUCUAAACUCCGCAACCGCGACUCCAAACAUCUUCAGCAACGUCGUCUGCCGCGAAUCGAGCGUCUCUCCAGCCUUGCACACUUGGUACCCGCCUUCCAUAUCUAACGUCACUUUACCCCUCACCAAUCUUGUGGGCACCCCUAAUUUUCUCAAAGUGGGCUCGAUUGUAUGACUUAUCGGCUGGUCGUGCUCUUCGGGGAUCUCGCCUGCAUGGGCGUAUACGAUUCCCGAAGGGAUUGUAAAUGCGCGUGGCGAUACAUUACCAGCACGAGCAAAGUCCAUAGGGUGAAAUGACGAGAAGUAGUCGAGGACGGAUUUGGGAGAGCGGGAGGUGAAGAGGAGACCGACAGCCCCGUUGAGGUAGGGAGAGAGCUUGUCGAGGUUUGGAGCGAAGGCAGUCUCUGGGUUAGUACCGAGAGCGACGGCCAUUACUUUGGUUUUACCAAAAAAGAGUC